CUACACCGGAAUUUGUAUCCUGAAACUCUUUACUGAUCUGACCGCCCACGUGAAUUAGGCCGAAAUACGGGUCGGCCAUACUGGGCACUACACAAUCGACUACACCUGUUACAGACUUUGCCCUAGCAAAACACUGCAACCAGCGACUGAUGCUUCUACACAGCCCAAACCGGUCAAAGUAUUAGUAUUACAGCAAAUAUUUUUGAAUACCGGUGCACCGCAUCCAGCCAGCAUUGGAGUGUUUCACCUGCACCUUCACUCGCAUCCCUGUGAGCAGCUGAUAGACACCUUGCCAAGAACAUUAUCGGCAUGCCAAUUGACGGCGACCCCAAACCCUUGAGUGAGUCUCCAGAAGCCCGGCCAGGCUGGUUAUCCAAGUGCGGCAUCGUGGUCCCCACACUUUUUGUACGUGGCAGGCACACCUCUCCCGGAGACCCAAACAGGCCGGUCAUGACCGUCGCUGACUCCCCAAAGAAGAGAAAAAGGCCAACCAGCCCUCAUCCAAAACGCAAAAUGCCUCUGCGUUCUGAAGAGACAAGACCCGCUGAUCACUCGUUUGACAACAUGACGCAACAGCAAAAGGAAGCGGAGGCCUUGGCAAGGUUUGGUCAAAAACUCCAAGAUGCUAAAGCCUGCGAGGAGUACGAUGGAGAGAGAGCAAAUCUUCUCAAAGCCGAAGACGAAAAUGCAUGGGAUCGCGGAGCAAAGCCGAAGAGUACUUCGACAUCUGAGCAAGAUAGGCUGGAAAGAAGAGCGGCAAUCAUCAUACACGCGAUACGCGAGUACGAGCGUAUUGUUACCUUUGGCAACAUCGCCUCAGAAGCGCUACCACUUCCCGAGGAUCAAGACAUGGGUGGCCAAUAUCUUACUAACAAGGAGCGCAUAGAUACUCAGAGCAAGCUAUUUGAAAUUUCCAAGAUUGUACCCAAGGGUGCCCUCUUGCAUCUGCACUUCAAUGCCGAACUGUAUCCUGAACUACUUCUUGUACGCGCGCGGAAAAUGGAAAACAUGUACAUUCGCAGCAUUCAGCGCAUCCAAGAUGAACAUCAGUUGGGUAUGACUGAACUGAUCUUCAAUGUCUUGGAUCCAGCCACCGUUAACCCUGACGUUGAUAUUUUCUCGGUGGACUAUCCCCUCAUCACAACCCCGCAGGAUCUCAAAAAGGAAGGAUUCCAACAGCAAAUCUGGAUGCCGUGGGCGAAGUUUCAGGAUGCAUUUGAGAAGAAGUUCCCAGGACAGUACAAGCACGAAGAGCCUGAAACAUUUCGAGAGGGACGGCCACAUCACUGUGGAGACUCGGCACACCAUGUUCUCAGGCCUGCUGAGAACUGGCUGAGGUCCAAGAUGGUGCUUAGUCGAGAGGAAGCCUACCAUCCUGACCAAACCGUUAAUGGAGUCUGGGCUCGAUUUAACCAAGCUACGAGGGCGUUUAAGGGACUGCUUAACUACGAAAGUGUUUACAAAUCAUACAUAAGCGAUGCUAUUGACCAGAUGAUUCAGGAAAAGGUCAUGUACGCUGAACUGCGCCCCAUGCUAUUAGACAAAAGCAUUCCUGGUAACAGCGGCAAACCAGAAGAUUCCGUUGACCUCGCUGCUCAGAUGAAGCUCAUCAUUGCUGGCGUAGAAGCGAAGAAGGCUGAGUUGUUGCAAAAAGGUGAGAUUCACAAGUUCCCGUUUGGACUCAAGAUCAUCUACUGCACGCCACGAUCCAUACCACCACACAUGAUGGAGAACGAGAUGAGAGAUUGCAUCAAGCUCAAGAUUCAGUUUCCAGAUCUCAUCUGCGGUUUUGAUCUGGUAGGUGCCGAAGACCGGCCCAACCAUAUUGGCUUCUACAGGACGCAACUCGUCGCAUUUAGAGAGACAUGUAAGGCGCUGAAUCUAGAUAUCCCCUUCAUGUUCCAUGCUGGAGAGACGUUGCUGGACACGGGUGGCUCCAACGAUCCCACAAAGUCGAAUCUUUAUGACGCUGUGGCCCUAAACUCGAAGCGCAUUGGUCACGGCUUCGCCCUGAUGAAGCACCCUCUUUUGGUAGAAAAAUUCCGGAAAACCGACACCAACUCUGGCAUCUGUAUCGAGCUGUGCCUAAUCUCAAACGAGCUCCUGCAUCUUUGCAGAAACGUCAAGGAGCAUCCGUAUCCGGAACUGUUGGCUGCUGGUAUACCCUGCACCGUCAACUCGGACAACCCUUCGCUCUUCAGCAAUUCCAUGUCGCAUGAGUUCUACCAAAUCAUGGUCGGCGCGCCAACCAUGUCUCUGUACAGCUGGAAGCAGCUCGCCCGCUGGAGCAUCGAUUACAGCUGCCUGAGCCCCCAACAGCAAGUCCAGGCCCACGAGUACCUCGACAGCGCGCGGGCCGACUUCUGCAAGACGGUCGUAGACAGGUACGAGUACCUCAUGGACGGCGACAAAAUCGAUCCGUUCAAGGCUGAGGACGCAUAUCCGCCGCGCAAAAGGAGACACCCUGAUGUUCUCAAGGCGCUUGCGUCAAAGCUAGAGUGAGGCCAAGUGGGUUGAAAAUGGUGGGCUUGGAAUGGAGUGGAAAGGGAGGGUGCAGUC